AUGGAUGAGAGCGGUAAUAACGGAAUUCAUAGAUCCUUACAGGUUGAACGGAGUUGUAAUGCCUUAUGGCCACAAGGGCAAGGAGAUGACUCCACCAUCUGCUCGUUCAAUUCUUAUAAUCACAGUGUGGGAUGCAGUAGCCCUUCUUUGGACGUACAGCAUAAGUCGACCUCCAAAAGUGAAAUGCAAUUACAAGGUAAAUCCUCCAAUGAAGAAAUUCGAAAACCAAGUCGCAUAUCUGGAGAAAAUGCAGUUGGUCCUUGUGAGCAAAUUACUGGAAAUGGGGGAGAAGAAAACUCUUCCAACCACGGUAAAUCUCACAUUCUCCGCUCGGAAGGGGAACGUCAAGAAUUACUUUUUCGGGAUAUCAAUUCGAGGAAAGAGCGGAGAAACGAAAGAAGAGAAAAUACAAGCAUACAAAACGAACGAACUAGCAGCGGAAGAGAGAGUGAAAGUGAUGAAAACUAUGUAUUUAAAUGUCCAAACAGAGAAAAAAUUGAUAGGUUACUCUCAACCCUGGGGCCAUUGUUCAGAGUCGGUACCCUGGAGGGUUCGUCAUGGAAAGAAGACUACCCAAAAACACCGUGCUACUUUGUACUCCCGGACAGUGCGCCUAAAUGGAGAUUUGAAGCCUUCAUGUCCCCUUUGUCGUACGAUAAUAGGUUCGACUCAUCUGGCAAUAAUCCAACCUUGGUAAUCGAAAUGAUCGAGAAUGAAUCAGACCGUUGUCGUAUUGCAAAAUCUCUUAAUAUAGAGAUACAAAGCGGAGAUCUUCAAAAAGAUAAUAUUUAUCAAGACAUAAUGGAUAUUGCGCAAUGCGGUUUCAAUCAUAUAAUUGUUAUUGGGAGUUGUUACUGUGACUUAAUUUUUCUGGACUGCUAUGAACGUGUAUUCAGAUGGGACGCUAUGACUGAAAAAUUAUGGUUUUUCGGGAAUUUUUUCAAUGCAGCAUCAGAGAAACCAGAGAAACAAGUGCCAUGGGGCGUCUCAUUAGAUGGAACUGUGUGGGAGCUAUCUGGUUCGGAUUCGCCAGAAGAAUGUAAUUCUCACCCCACCGGGACAAAGUAG